GUACGAUUAGGCUAAACACGUGGAUACACAUGGACUAGCUAGCUAACGACAGGGUCCAUGUACUAGCACUGUACUUUCUUAGUUUGACACAAGUGGGAUACACCGGAAAACUCUCAGCGAAGCUCAAAAUAACAGUGUAGCUGUAUUAUGUACAAAUAUAAUGUUUAGCUAGUUUGACUAGCCAACCGACUAGAACGUAAGCAGCAUGUGUGUUUGCUAGCUAACCUGCUAACUGGAGUGACUUGUGUUCAUGAUAUAACAUGUUACAGUGCAUGCACGUUCUUGUCAAGCCUGUCGAAACUAUAACUGUCGGGCCAUUGACAAAUAAACGUUAAUUUCUUACACGUAUAAUUUUAUGCAGCUUGCCAAGCAUAGUUAGCCCGUUAGCUAGCUGAUGCUAACUAACGUUACUCUUGCGCACUCAAGUGACGUUUUAUUGAAGUGCGACCUGAAAUCCUCUUGCUUAUUAGCUGGCUAGCUUUAGCUACAUGGUGAACACAGCUUUGAGCCGGAUACUACAUGUUGUUGUCUGGACAGUUAUAGCCUCCUGGCCGGCCAGAGAGCCGUGGAGUCGUUCAUCUCCUGAGGUCGUCACAGAGACGCUCUGCUCAACGAGCCAGUGAGCUCUUACCCAGAGCUCUGUCUGCGUCUGAUGUUCGGCACCCUGCUCUCGCUGGGACCGCAGAUGUUUUUCCAUGACCUCAUUUUGACAGAGACCCGGGGGCCCUUCAGCAUGUUUGGGGGGUACGAGGAGAGGGAGGACUACGAGGAUGAGCUGUACCAGGAGACCCAGGACUCCAGCUGCUCGGAGGUGGAGAGCGAGUUGGAGUUCCAGCUCUACAGCCAGGUGCAUUACUCCUGCUGUCCAGAGAAACACAAGGAGGAGGAGGAGGAGCAGGAGGAAGGGCGGCAGCGGGAGCUGACGGAACAGCCCCCAAAGGGGGUCAUCGUCAUUGACUCGGACCCCGAGAUCAUCACCGUGUCGGACAGCUCGGAUGAGGAGGACGGGGUCUGUGUGGCCAAGGGCACUACAUUUCAGCGCCUGCCUCCAGCCAGCAGGGGGCAGCCUCACACGCACACCACCUCUUCACCAGCAGUGCUGAGCGACCACUCAAAGGGCUCGGACUCUGACUCGGACUCAGACUCAGAAGGGCUGGAGUCUUGGAUGGUGCUUGGGCAGGGGAAGCAUGACUCUGACAAGACCAUCCAACUCAACCUGGUUGGCGGGGCAAACGGCAGCUCUGCAGGUGUUGUUUGUUCCCCUCCAGAAGACGAAGACGAUGAUCAGAGUUGGACCAUUUCCAGAAGAGACCUGGAGGCUCAGAUCUCUAAUGAAGGCUUGGGUCCGCGGCGUGUAUCGAACCGCUAUUACACCAGCAAGAACGUCACCUGCAGGAGCUGCAACAAGAUCGGCCACCUCUCCAAGAACUGCCCCAAUCCCAGGAAGCCGCCCUCCUGCACGCUGUGCUCCAGCCAGACUCACCUGAAGAAGACCUGUCCCAACAGGCACUGCUCCAACUGCAGCCUGCCGGGGCAUUGCCAUGACGACUGCCUGGAGCGGGCAUACUGGCACAAGCAGUGCCACCGCUGUGGCAUGACUGGGCACUUCUACGACGCCUGCUCAGACAUUUGGAGACAGUACCACCUCACAACCAAGCAGGGUCCAAUCCAGACGCCGGAUGUGCUGGAUGCUCACAGAAGCCCCGCCUACUGCUACAACUGCUCACGGAAGGGACACUUCGGGUUUGAGUGUGACCAGCGCAGGAUGUUUAACGGCUCGUACCCCUCCGCCCCCUACGUCUCGUACUACGACACGCCGCAGGACGCCCGGCAGAGAGACAACCGGGCGCGCCGAAAAGCCCAGGAACUGCAGGAUGCGGGUCUCCUGCAGCCAACUGAACCGCAGCACAGCAUGUGGCCACCAGGUGGCGAUAGAGAGGAAGGUCCGCCGAGGAAGGGGAUGAAAAUAAACAACAAGGUUGUGGAGAAAAAGAGAAAAAAUGAAGCAUCAUCUGCCCAAGCCAAGAAGAUGAAGAAGAAGAAGCAGCAACAGAAACAGAAACUACAGCAACAGAAACAGACACCGAAGCAACAGAAACCGCAGCAACAGAAACCGCAGCAACAGAAGCCCCAGCAACAGAAGCCCCAGCAACAGAAACCGCAGCAACAGAAACCGCAGAAACAGAAACCGCAGCAACAGAAACCGCAGCAACAGAAACCGCAACAGCAGCAGCAGCAGCAGAAGAGGAGGAGGAAGAGGACGAAGGCUGAGACGCACGGAGAGCAGUGGAGCUGGGGUGAGCAGGGCGUCGCCUGGGCCCCGGUCCGGCUGGCCUACGAGGAGGACUUUCCCCGGGGCCCCAAAAGGAGGCCCCCAGGGGCCCCCACGCCCCCUCAGAAGGUCCGGCACACCCCAGGCCUGUUUGGGGACGGGAAGAACCGCAAGAACCGCCAGAACCGCCGGGCUCGGGGCCGGGACCGCAAACCUGGCGAGCGCAGACGGGAGGACACGUACCCCGCUGACGAGGACCUCUUCAGCAUUAAGCAGCGCCGCAGGCGGUAGCGCCAGGGGAUUGGUCAGAGCGCGGGCGUGGGCGUGACAAACCAGGGGAUUGGUCAGAGCGCAGGCGUGGGCGUGACUGGGGGGGUGCAGUCCUGACAAACCAGGGGAUUGGUCAGAGCGCAGGCAUGGGCGUG